AACUUGAACUUCGGAACAGAAAAAAUAUAUUAAAGGAUAAUAAUGUUACCUAAAUAACAACAUAAAAAUUUAAUAACUCAUUAUUCAAAAUAAUGGGAACUACAUUAUGUGCCACCUUCUUGUGCAUUUGAAAUCUUUGCUUCCAUAAUUAUAUUUUUUUUAAAAAUAGUUUCAGAUAACAUUUACCGUAAUUUGGACAAAUUUAUAUAAAUAAUACUACUGGUACACUUUAAAUUAGAGUAUACAUCUUAUAUUCUUUUCAUUAAAGUAUAAUUAUUAUCAAUUUUUCACAUUAACUUUUUUAUUAUUUACUAAAAGUUAUUUGGAUUUUUGUAAAUCCUAAGCUGAGGAAUAUAAGAUCUACCCUUCUUUCGGUACUACUGGUACACUUUUUUUAUUAUUUAAUAAAAUAGUUUGAUAAAAAAUUGGUUUUCCCCCGACCGGCCAGGCGGCCACGUUUUUGAAAAAUUUGAAAACCCAUCUCAGCCCGCCGAAAGCCGAAAGCACAAGAGCCUCCUCUUCCGGCACUCAUCCCCAACUUCUCAAGACCGACAGCCCUCUCCACCACCCAAAGAAGGCAAGAAAACGAGAUCGGUCUCAAACCCCCGCCCCUUCCCUCUUCCCUCCAAACUCUCGCGAGAGUUGGGGAAUGGGAGAGACGUGUAAAGAGUUGGAGGAUUUGAAAUCGGAGAUUGCGGUGUUGAAGGAGGAAUCCCGCGCUAAAUCCGAACUGGCCGAGACGCUGCGGAAGGCGCACGACGAAGCCUGGGUAGACAUCGCUGCGAAGGACGAUGAGAUCACCACGGUGAAGCGGUUGUACGACGAUCUUAGAUCCAGCUUCGCGGAAAAGGAGUCCGCUUUGAAGAGUCUGGGCUCGACUUAUGAAAAUCUUAAGGCUGGUUUUAGGGAGACGGUCGAGAAUUUGGAGUCGGAAAAUAAAAAUUUGGUUUCGGCCUUGGAGGCAGCGAAUUCGGAGAGGGGAGAACAGGAGAAGACGAUAUCCGCAUUUAAGGAAGAGAUUGAAGGGCUCAAAAGGCUUCUAUUCGAAGCGCGGAGGAAGUGUUCGGACGCCGAGGAGAGGGCUCAAGCGCCUAGAGAAGUGAGGCGGAGAGACGAACUGCUCUCGCGGUUAGAGGAGGAGAAGGGAGGAGUCGAGGAGAAGCUCAAGUGGAAGAGCGAGCAGUUUACGCAUCUCAAAGAAGCGCACGGCAAGCUUCAAGAAGAGUUCCGGGCGGCUAACAGGGAGUGGGGUUUGGAGAGAUCGAAUUUGGUCGGCGAGAUUCACGCUUUGCAGACGAAGUUGGACUCGACAACUAGAUUGAACGAAGGUCUCAAAUCCCAAUUAGCGAUGUGCAACCAAGCGUUGGCUCGCGAGGAAAGUAGGAGAAAGAUGCUCGAGGCCCAGGUAUCCGAACUGAAAGCGCGGUGUGAAAAUGUGGUCUCGGAGUUCGAAGAGGCGAGAUCGACAGUCGAGUUGCUGACGACAAAGAGAGAUGAGGAAAUCGCUUCUCUGAGGAACUUAUUGGCUACUAAAAUUACACUUCUCAAAGAGAUGGAAUACAACAAGGCCCAACUUGAACAAGAAAACCAGGAGCUGACGUCGUCUUUGAAGGAAUACCAAGAAGCUGAAAUUAGCGGAGCAGAUGCUUCUGCGUCGCUAAAGACUUUGCGCCAGAAGUUUAGGGCAUUAGAGCAGGUCCACAAAGGCUGCAGUGAGAAACUAAGAGCCAAAGAAUCUGAAUGGACGAAGCAGAUGAAGAAGCUCGGAACGGAUUUGGACGAGUGCUUGUCGCAGUUGUGUAGCAAAGAUAAACAGCUUUUGCAACUAAAGGAUGAGUUAGAAGGAAGCUACUCUCUAAAUGUGCAGCAAAAGUUGGAGCACGAGGAGAUCCAUUCGGUUCUUAUGGUGGUGAAGUCGAAAUUUUGGGAGUCUUGCUUGUACCUAGAAAAUCUGAAACUUGAGAUGGAGCAACGUGGUGAAAUGUUCGGGAAGAGAUUAGUGCUCAUGGCUAAGCAAUUGGAAGAGAAGAAUGCCGCUCUUAUUCAAGCCCAGAAUGAGAAAUUGCGUGAGGGCCAGAUGGCGGGCUUGUUGCAAUCACGAAUUGAGCAUCUAGAAUCUGUUGAGGAUGAUUAUUCAAAGAUGCGGGUGACGCUUGAUGCAUAUAAAGAGAUGCUGGAUAACUCGUCGAGGAAUGUUGACCGCCUAAAAGAGGAAGCUUCUGAGAGGGAAAAGGUUCUACGGGAGGAUCUGAGAAAAGCUUUAGAGGCUCUAGAACAAGCAAACUGCGCUGUAGCUGAGAGAAGUAGUGAGCUCAAACAGGUGGAGUUUGAUCUUGAGCGGCAAAAAUUAGCUACAGAACGGUUAGAGAAGCUAAAGACUGAUAUGGAAAUAGAAACGACGAGAUAUUGUGAUGAAAAUCAAGCGAUGAGGAGGGAGUUGGAGGAUGUGCUUCUUGGCAAGAUGGAAGUAGAAGAGGCUCUCAAAGAAGAAAAAGAGAGGUCUCGUCGUGCAAUUGCGGAGAAUGACAAGCGAACAGAAGAGCUCCAGCAACUUAUUGCAGUACUUAAGGAAGAUAAUUCAAGACUCGAGCUUGAAGCUAUAAGCGCAAAAUUAGAGGCUGAGAACUCUCUCGAAGAAGAAAAGGUGAGGUUUCAUUGUAUAAUAGCAGAGAAAGACAAGAGAAUAGAGGAGCUUCAGCAGCUUUCUAGUGUUUUGAAAGAAGAUAUAUCAAGACUUGAGCUUGAAGCUACAAGUGUAAGAUUAGAGGCUAACAAGUCCACCGAGGAGGAGAAGAAGAGGUUUCUUGAAACUGGAAGGGAUAUGGAGAAGAGAUUUAUGGAAAUAAAAUGCCAACUAGAUUCACUAGAACAGAAGUGUAUGCAGAGGAUGCACGAAAUACUGAGGACCUUUGAGCAAGAGAAAACAAAGUGGUCUAAAGUUAUUGAAGAGAAAGAGAAUGUAAUUGCUGAUGUUCAAGUAACUGUUCAAUCACUUGAACAUGAUCUUAAGCAGUCACUUGAAGAUGCUGCUGCUUUGAAACUUGAGGAGAAACAGCAUGAGAUUGAGAGGCUUUUUGAUACUUUUGAGAAGAUUGUGACAGUUCAUGUCAUUGAAGGGCAAGAUAACCUAUUCAAGAACAUAUUGAUAGAGGAAAUGGAAAAAGAGCUUGAAACCCUGAAGCUAAAAUUGAAGUUUGAAGAGGAGCAGUUGGUGACUUUGAAGAAUAUGUUACAACAAGCUAAAGCUGAAAUAGCGAAGGAAAGGUUGGACAGCGAGAAGGAUAAGCAUAGAAUUUUGAAUGAACUUAAAUCCACGCAGAGCAGAAAAGAUAGUUUAGAGGACCAACUGGGCGAACUCAAAUCCAAAACAAAAGUGUUCCACAAUAUUAUCGCACAUUUAGUGUCAGAGAGGAAAGAGUUGGUAGGGCAAGUAACCGAAUUCAGCGAUUCAAUUGCACUGAUAGUUAAUGCAGAUGAAAAGCUAAUAAGCGAUUGGAAGAGGGUCAUGCUAAAAAUUCGGAGCAAAGGGGAUAUUAUGAGUUCUGAAAAGGAAGGGUUGAACUCAGAAAAAGAUAAAGCAAAUUCAAGAAACUGCAGUUCGUCUAUAAUAAACAAAGCAGGACAAGUUUCUGAUAGAUCCCCCUUGAAGGAGUACAACUGUUAGUUUUGGAAGAAUUAGAAGAGAAGAUUACAAGUUGAAGUUUGUUGUAAGCUUUCAAAUCGUUCUAGUUCCUUUCUCUGUUGCAGAGAAGAUUGUUCACACGACUUUUUGUGAGGUUACUUCUUCCGAUGAGACACAGGAAAUUUAUUUUCAGUCGUGCCUCAAUGAAACUAGAGUCUUGUUUUAUUGUAGUACUACUUCUGAUUUCUUGUGAUAUGUACAACUAAUCAACCAAGUUGUAGUCCUUCUGUUGUGCAGACUAACCCUAGUCCUUGUUAGCCAUUCCUCAAUAGUGCAAGUUGGCUUCAUUGUUUGCUA